AUGACAGCCUCAGUGAUGAUGUGUAAUGGCAAGGGUCACCUGCAUGAGACACUACUUAACCUCGCCCUGGAGAUCAUCUGCCUGCUGACCGGAGAGAGUUAUCCGCCAGUGACAUCUGGUGACCAUGUGAUCAUCAAGGUACUUCCACCUCACUCCCUGACACCGGGGAGAAACAACGAGCAGAAGAUUCUAGAAGUCACCAAGAAGAUAAUUAAACUGCUGGCGGGAGAGGAUAAAGGUCUGAUUGCUAUUAAAGUUGAAGUUAUUGAUGGGGAGGAGCAAAAUCCAUUGUAUGAUCAGCAGAAUGGUGAGAGGAAAGAGAAGGAGGGUUUGAAAGAAGUCAAGGUGGAAGAGAAAGAAAUUGCAACUGAGGCCAACACAGACAAAGAUAACCCCAACGGGACCCUAAGGAAACAUGGAGGUUGUGGUACAGAAGGUAAGGACAUCAUAAGAGAUCCCCGUGGAGAACAUACCCUUACCCACAAAAUCUGGCUAGGACUUCACAGUGUGCAGAGAUCACCAGAUCCCUUCCAUCCCCAAAAAUCUUCUGAAAAUGGUCAACCUGUCCACCAGCACGUUCAGGCAGUCAAAAACCCCUUUGAAUGUCCUGUCUGUGGGAAAUUUUUUUUUAAACAAUGCGAGUUUGCCAAGCACAAGAGAGUUCACACCGGAGAGAAACCUUUUCAGUGCCUGCAGUGUGGGAAGUGUUACACCAAUCGGUCAGUUCUCGUCAAACACCAGAAACUCCACACAGGAGAAAAGCCGUUCUCCUGCUCGGAUUGCGGCAAAUGCUUCAGCCAGAAGGCCCACCUCCUUCGCCACCAGAUGCUCCACACCGGCGAGAAGCCUGUGACGUGUCCAGACUGCGGGAAAAGAUUCUCGCGCAAGUCGAAUCUGAUCGACCAUCAAAGAAUUCACACGGGGGAAAAGCCUUUCCCCUGUCCUAAGUGUGAUCGAAGUUUCACCCAGAAGUCCAUCCUUAUCCGCCACCAAAGGACUCAUCGAGAGGAAAAGACCGCCAUCUGUUCAGAGUGCGGGAAAUGUUCUGAUCUUCUGACCCACCAAAAACAUCACAGAGGAGAAAAAACCUAUAAAUGUCCUGACUGUGGGAAAUGUUUUCUUAAACGAUCUGAGUUCACCAAGCACGAGAGAGUUCACACUGGAGAAAAACCUUUUUGUUGUUUGGAGUGUGGGAAGUGUUACACCAGUCAGUCGGUUCUAGCAAAACACCAGAAACUCCACAAGGGAGAAAAGCCGUUCUCGUGCUCGGAUUGCGGCAAAUGCUUCAGCCAGAAGGCCCAUCUUCGUCGCCAUCAGAUGCUCCACACCGGCGAGAAGCCUCUUACGUGUCCAGACUGCGGGAAGAGCUUCUCGCGCAAGUCGAGUCUGAUCGACCAUCAAAGAACUCACACGGGAGAAAAGCCUUUCCCUUGCCCUGAGUGCGAUAAAAGUUUCACCCAGAAGUCCAACCUGAUCCGUCACAAAAGGAUUCACCGAGACGAAAAGGUUGUCAUCUGCUCAGAGUGCGGAAAAUAUUUCAGCCAUAAGGCCUUUGUGAUACACCAGAGCAUUCACCGAGGGGAGGAGACAUUUCCUUGUUAUCAAGGACAGAAUUCUAGCGACAUGAUGGAAGAGGAUCGGAGUCACAUGACUAAGAGGAUACUGGACCUCACUCUAGAAAUCAUCUGCCUGCUGACUGGAGAGAGUUUUCCCCUUAAUAAAUCUGGUGACCAUGUGACCAUCAAGGUGUCUUCACCUUCCUCUUUGACACCUGUGAGGAACAAGAGGAAGAUUCUAGAAGUCACCAACAAGAUCACUGAGCUGUUGACAGGAGAGGACGUCGUCAUGGAGGAUGAGACGCCCGUUACAGCAGCCAAAAAACCCUUUAAAUGUCGUGACUGUGGGAAAUGUUUUUUCAGACGAUCAGAGUUUAUCAAGCACGAGAGAGUUCACACUGGAGAAAAACCUUUUCGUUGUCCGGAGUGUGGGAAGUGUUUCACCUAUCAGUCGGUCCUGGCCAAACACCAGAAGGUCCACAAGGGAGAAAAGCCGUUCUCGUGCUCGGAUUGCGGCAAAUGUUUCAGCCAGAAGCCCCAUCUUCUUCGCCAUCAGAUGCUCCACACCGGCGAGAAGCCUCUUACAUGUCCGGACUGCGGAAAAAAAUUCUCACGUAAGUCGAGUCUGAUUGACCAUCAAAGAACUCACACGGGAGAAAAGCCUUUCCGAUGUCUCGAGUGCGAUAAAAGUUACAACCAUAAGUCCAACCUGAUCCGUCACCAUCGGACUCACCGAGAUAAAAUCUGGGAGGAGCCAUUUCCUUGUUCUCAGUGCGGCCAGUAUUUCACCCAGAAAUCCGAUCUUCUGGCCCACCAAAGACGUCAUGCAGAAGAACCCACUGGACUUUCCUGA